AUGUCUGGCAGCGGCCCAGACGCUGCCUCAAACGCUCGAAUACGGUCGGCGGCUCCAGUGGGCACAUGGAAGGUGUCCUAUCGCACCAUCUCCUGGGCCUAUCCCAAGAAGCGUCCGCGAUCGUCCCCAGCCAAACCGGUCGCUGGUUUGCAUCCCAGGCCACCUCACUACCAUGACUUGCUCUAUCGCACUAGGCAUAAGGAAUGGGUGGCGAAGGUCUCGCCGGAAGACUUAGAGCUCAGCUCCAGUCUUGUGGGGGUCAGGGGGGCUGAGCAGGUGCUACGGCUAUACGAGGAAUCUGUGGGUAUCGAACACAUCCCUGUCGCAGCUACGUCCGAACCCCCUUCCAGCGGCACACUCGGCGAGGAGGACCUACCGGUGUCGCAGGAGCGCUGGAACGACCAGGUGCAAGCGUUGUUGGGCGGGGUGUUGGAGCGAUUGACAAUGCCCUUGGAGAAUAUCACGCUUAGCACUCCGGGACGAGAAAGCAAGAUGUGGGAUCUCAACCUAUUGGACAGCCCGAAUUCGGACGUCGUUGAUUUAACCGAAUCCGAGCUCUCGGUUGAGUCGGACCCUCUGCCGUCGACGCCCCGAGCAGGACUUGCAUCGCCUCACUCCAACAAGCAGCUGAAUGCGUCUGCCAUGUCGUUUAUACCAACCAUCCCAACCUCGUCUCCGUCGUCAAGCUCCGGUUCGGGCCUGCGUUCGCCAUCUCCCACGUACGAGUUUGCGUUCCCGUCUUUGAUCCCGAACAAUCCAGCAGCCUCUCCGCCUAAACUUCAGCUACCGCUGCAGAAGGAUGGGGAUGGGUUUUACCAUCCGGUUACCGGUGCGUCCCCAUACAGUCAAGCUGCAGACCCUGCGCUGUCGCGCAAUGCCGCUUCUCGUCGAGCGUCCGCAGACCUGCUGCCGGCGUUUCUCUCGGAUGGAUCGGGCUCUGUUCGUGCGAGAUCACGCAACACAUCAAAGACGAGGGAAAUUGUGGAUCGACUGCGAUCUGGGCGGUGGAAUGGUAAGAAGGCGGGAGGAAGAGCAGGAAAGGAGUCGGAGGAUAAGUCUCCAGCCGGUCCUGCUUCUCAGACGGUCAAGUCGAAAGAGAAGUCAAACGAUCAAGGUGGCUGUCCUGCGCCGACGCGAGCAGAAGCUGGCUCCCCUGAUGCUGUUGAUGGGUGGGUCCGAGGAUCUGAGUCUUCCCUGAGCAACGACGACGGCUGGAUUGCGGGUCUUCCCAGCGCCAAUCCGACGACCCCCGCACGCCCCACGAGCAAACGCGCGCAGAAAAGUGGACAUAAGCGGUCGUCGAGUAGUACGAGCUCGAUGACAGGAUCGACGUCUGCGUGCAGCUCUACCACGUUUUCGCCCGCAACAUCUCUGUCGAGUUUCGGCCCGCAGACCCCGCAGAGUGCGAGCGCGCUCAUGUUCCCGCCGCCCCCUACAGGCGUGCCGCUGUCGCCGUUUUCUGCACUUUAUCCACCCCCGCCUGUCGAUCCCGUGCAGAUGCACAUCCAGCAACAGAUGCAGGCGCAGCAGUGGCGCGCGUAUGCGGCCGCUAUCGCGAUGUACCACCCCCCUCAUCCGGCCAUGCCGUACUCCUCGUUUAUGCCUUUGGCAGUCGCUGGCCCACCGGGCGCGUACCCUGCCACGAAAGGGAUGGCGGGUGUACAAUAG